GAUGCACUUUUAAAAAAUCAUUCUCUGCAUCACGGUCCAUGCACAGAGAAUAUCAACGGAAAGAAUAUGUUUUUUGUAAAAUUGUUCAUAGUUUUUAUAGCUUGUAAUAGUUGCUUGUUAAACUUUUGCAGUCCGACUCCAGUCCCACAAUCCUGGCCUAACUCAAAUCCUUCAUGUCAUGAAGGUUACAGAUUUUCAAAUGGAAUGUGUGUUCCAAUAAAAUGUCCUGCAUCGCAUAUCAUACAGAAUGGCGCGUGUGUUUUGAAGAUGGUUGGUGUGGCCCAAACAACGAAAUGCAGUUCUUCGUGUUGUCAAACUAACUGUCAACCACCUUGUCAACAGCCAUGUUCAUCGGCAGUACAAAUGCCAAUGCAAAUGGCAAUGCCAAUGCAAAUGACAAUGCCAAUGCAAAUGCAAAUGCCAAUGCAUAUGCCAAUGCAAAUGCCAAUACAAAUACCAAUGCAAAUGCCUAUGCCAAUUCCAGUGCCAGUGUCGGUUCCAUUUCCAGAGUUUCCCCCUUAUCUUCCGCAUAAUCCACCACCUAUUUCGGAGCCAUCUACUCCACAACCACCUUCUCCGCAACCACCUUAUCCGCAACCACCUACUCCACAACAACCUUCUCCACAACAACCUUCUCCACAACAACCUUCUCCACAACAACCUUCUCCACAACAACCUUCUCCACAACAGCCUACUCCAACGAAACCUAUUUCAUGCCCAAAUUUAACCAUUGCUAUAAAUGGCACAUGUCAUGUAGUAUAUUGUGGUUUUGGUUUUUAUAGAGAUGGCAAAUGCAUUCAAACCGUUUGUCCUGAGGGCACAAUUUGGAAUGGUCAACGUUGUCAAAUUCCAGAAGAACACAAUCACACAACCAUAGUUUUAUCAACAGUCGUGAUCACAAACAAUGUUAAUCAAUCUCACGUCGUCAAUCAUGGAAUUAACUACACAAACAACAUGGUGAUUGAGAUUACUCAGUCGCCGUUAGAUGUCCACCAAGAGCCCUCUUCAGCUACAAUCGUAGUUCCACCACCACCACCACCCCAAGUUCAUAUCAUACGUGCUCCGUCACCUCCUGUCCAGUUUAUACCAUCACCACCGCAGCCACCCCCGCCACCUCAAAUAGUUUACGUCCCAUCUCCACAGCCUCAGCCAUCAUCUCCCGUACAAUUUAUGCCACCCAUUCUGCAGCCACGCCCACCACCUAAAACAACGUACGUUCCAGCUCCUCUGCACCAGGCAGGUCCAAACUGUUGUACGAUAACCUCUCCAAAUACGUGCCUUUGGGAAGAUCGAUAUGUGUGCAGGAGUCAUAGAUACCAGCAGUGUGGAUCGAUUUGUUUACAAGGAAACUUGAAUUUAAUGCCGCCGACACCAAUCGUUAAACGGCCUCCAUCAGUAGCUUGUAUAAAUACCGAUUGUGGGUUUAAUCAACAGCCAUUCUAUCCAGACUGUUCUGGGUGCUUAAUGGGUGGGGAGAUGAUGAUCGGAAGCUACUGUCAAACGUAUUGUCAAAAUUUAGGUUGUAAAUCCUGUCAAAACUAUGACUUAAGUAGAUAUUGUGAAAGAUACCCAGACGCCAUUGCAUGCAGACCAGAGUAUGGUUAUACAGUGAAUUCAGUAAAUGAUUUUGUGGUUGAUUAAUUAAAAAGUAAUAAACAUAUAAAUAUAAAUGGUAUAAUAAAAAGGAAUCUAAGACUUGGCGCCAAGCUCAAAUUUAAAUAAA